AUGCCAGCUUCCAAGUUAUCGACCUACAUUGACUUGAGUGACGGGAAUGCUAUCGUGGCGAUGGGAGUUGCGCACUUCAAAGACCCCAGUAUUUCCAUCACGCCUGAGAGAAGUAUACUGGUUUCGCAUCUGGAGGGUUUUGGAACUCAAGGUCAUCUUGCUUCGACAGUCGAUUUAGCCUCCAACGGUGAGACGACUAUGUACGUAUCGACUGUUGAUAGAGCUUUCAUCACUCCCAUCACCAAUCAUCGUCUUCGUACUGAGAUGAGCAGCACCCUCAGCUACCUUUCCGAAGCAAUCAUCACUCUCGAGGGAAUCGAGAAUGCAUUUGUAGCUAUGGUAUAUCGAAUGCUAGUCGCAUAUACCUCAGCCCGAUUCAUGGUCGGAGAGUUCCACGAUGAAGUCAACGACUCCAUCUUGUGA